AUGAGUUACUUGGCUGGCGUGCUCGUUGCCACUUUCUUGGUGGUAAUGGGUCUUUUUGAGGUGAGACUAGUGUUUGGAUUCCCAGGGAGUACCAAGGACGUAAAAAUAAUGGCCCCGAUAGAUGUUAAGCAAGGAGGGAUUGGACGUCCCGGUCAGGGUUUUAUGAACUUACGGGGCAUACUUCCCACUAGCAAUGAUUUUACAAGACCAAUAAGGACUAAAAGAACUAUCGAGGAACAUCAUGUUACGGAUUGUAUUCACAUGACGGCAGAAGAGGGUGAGUUCUAUCACAAAGCUCUAUCAGUGGAUGGUCAAGCGUGCGGUAUUUACAUUUUUGGAGAACCCAAUCAAAAUAUAGAAAUCCGUUUCAAUUAUCUGGAUGUCCCUUGCGAAAAUGGCGGACUUGUUUCGGUAGUAGAUGGAUGGGAAUUGAAGGGAGGAUUUUUUCCAAGCAGUCGAGACCAUCAGAAACCGUUGAGAGCGCGAUUUAACGAGUUUUGUGGAGAAAGGAAAAUAAAGAAAGUUUUCACGAGUUCCCAAAAUGUAGCACUGAUACAAUACAGGAUGCCUGCCCGAGGGACUAGUUUCAGCUUUACCGUGAGAUUUGUGAAGAACCCUACACCUUGCAACGUAUUUUUCCAAGCUUUCGACGACGACUUUCAACCCAUUUAUACCCUUCACAACUACGGAAGAAGAACGAAUUGCAGUCUUAGUACAUUAUUUCCAGCCUCAGUGAGUAUAGAAGCACUUGACGUAGGUGUGACACCAAGUUUAGAUAACGGAAUUCAACUAGAAACUGGCACAAUUCAUAAGUGUCAAAAGAGAGGUCUGGAAGACUACGUUGAAGUUGGAGGAUCAAUAGGUUUGGAUAACAAAUACCUUCAAGUCGCUGACUCAUUGUGCGGCCUUAAUUCUAAACCAGGAAGAUACGCAGAAACGAUAGCAUGCGACACCACCACAGUUCGACUAGUAUCUUCAGGAGCUUUCGACAAUUCUGUUACAAUCCAAAUGAGGCAAUUAACUGAAAACGACAUUGACGGUCACUUAAGUGUUGUUUGUUUUACAGAUGAUAUGUUGCAGUAA